AUGCUUUAUAAAAGUAUUAUUCUAGGUAUGUUACCAAAAAUUGUUGCUGAACAAUUACGUAUUGGUCAAAUUGUUAGUGCAGAAUAUUAUGAUAAUUGUACGAUAUAUUUUAGUGAUAUUGUUGGUUUUACAACUAUUGCAAGUCGAUGCAAACCUAUUGAUGUUGUUGAAUUUCUUAAUCGAGUUUAUACAACAUUUGAUACAAUUGUUGAUCAAUAUGAUGUUUAUAAAGUUGAAACAAUUGGAGAUGCAUAUAUGGUAGUUUCCGGUGUACCAAAAAAGAAUGGUAAUGAACAUGCAUAUCAAAUAGCAACAAUGGCACUUGAACUUAUUCGUCAAUCAACAAUGAAUUGCAUUAUACCAUAUUCAAAUAAUGAAAAACUUCGAAUUCGAGUUGGUUUACAUUCCGGACCUGUAUGUGCUGGUGUUGUUGGUUCAAAAAUGCCUCGAUAUUGUCUUUUUGGUGAUACUGUAAAUACUGCAUCACGAAUGGAAUCUAAUGGUGAAGCAAAUAAAAUUCAUAUGACAAAUGAUACAAAAGAAUUACUUGAUAAAACUGGUCGUUUUCUUAUUGAAAAACGAGGAAUAAUACAUAUUAAAGGCAAAGGUGAUAUGACUACUUAUUGGUUACUUGAAGAAUUAGAAUCAAAAAAUGAUUAUAUUGAAAAAAAUUUCUUAUAUGUACAACCAAUACGACUUCCACCAAUACAUAAAAAAGAUAUAUCAACAUCAUUUCUUGUUCCAAAUUCAACUUCUAUUUUAAUGCCUAAUCGUUCACCAUCACCACGAAAAACAACUACAUUCAAUUUAAUUUCUUUAGAAUAA